AUGUCUAAACGAAAAUUCGAAAGUGGAGCUUCAAAAAGAAAAAGAAUGGAGCAAGAUUUGUUAAUUAAAUGUGCCAACGAUAAAACUCAAAAAAAGUUAAAUUUUUAUUUAGCAAAAAAUACUGCCAAUUUUGCAAAGUACUGGUUAUUUCAUCCCAAUCAACCAAAAAUUGGUGUACCAUUUGCAUAUAAAAAAACUUAUUUUCGGUUUGAUGGAGGAAAUCGUAAAUGGGUGUCAUUUAGAUCCAUGGAUAAAUCUCUAUUUUGUUGUAUUUGCCUUUGUUAUGGUGACGGAUCAGGACCGUUCUCUAAAGGAUUUAUUGACUGGAAGCAUGUGUAUACUCGAAUAAAUGAACAUGAAAAUUCAAAAACACAUAGGUUAAAUGUAGAUGCUCAUGUUGUGAAAAAACAAUUUUCAUCAAUUGAUUCACUAUUAACUUAUGGUCAUAGUUCAAUAAGGAAGAAAGAAAUAGAAAAUAGAAGGCAAGUUUUAUUUCGUAUAAUUGAUAUUAUUAAAUUAAUCGGUAAACGUGGACUGAGUUAUCGAGGUAAAACUAAUGAAGCCAUAUAUACUCUUGAUAAUCCAGCUUUAGACCAUGGUAAUUUCUUGGAAAUGAUUUUACUAGUGGGCAAGUAUGAUCCAGUACUCAAAGCUCAUUUAGAUAAAGCAAUUAAAAAGAGUACAAAAAGUCAUGAUUCUGGUUCCAAACAAGGAGGUGGGCACAUAAGUAUUUUAUCUAAAACCACAGUCAAUUACAUUAUUGAGAUAAUAAGUGAAAUUAUAAAGUCAUCAAUUUCUGAAGAGAUCAUUAAAGCUAGAAUGUACUCUGUACAACUUGAUACUACUCAAGAUGUCUCUGUGAUUGACCAAUGCUCAGUUAUUAUAAGAUAUGUAAACGAUACUUCUGUAAAAGAGCGAUUAGUUGGCAUGAUAAAAUGCAAGUCAAGCAAAGGGAUAGCCUUUGUUGAUUUAGUCUUAAAAGUUUUUCAUAACCUGAACAUAAAAGCAAAUAACUGUGUAAGCAAUGCAACUGAUGGAGCUGCAAAUAUGCAGGGCCAAUAUAAUGGGUUUUCUGCAAAACUAAGUGAUGUAGCAGCUAAACAAAUACAUCUGUGGUGCUAUGUGCAUGUAUUGAAUUUAGUAAUAGGUGAUAUUACUCUUAAAGUAUUACAAUCUAUUACUUUAUUUGGAAUUUUAAAUGGGUGUGCAGUCUUCAUACGUGAAUCACACACCCGUAUGGAUGUUUGGACAACUAUGAAUUCCAGAAAAAGAGUUUGUACUAUUGGUGAAACUAGAUGGUGGUCAAAAGAUGCUUCUUUAACCAAAAUCUUUGGUAAUUUUAAUAAUCCUGAGUCUGGACUACUGUUAUGUAAUUAUCAUUAG